UCCGUGUUCGAUUAAAGUAUAUUGUUUCAACAUGUUGAAAUUCGUAGUAGUUCUUGCCUUUGCCGCUUGCGCCUUGGCCGGCACCGUGCCGGAGGGUCUGCUGCCCCAGUUGGAUGGCCGCAUUGUUGGUGGCUAUGAGACCAGCAUUGAGGAUCAUCCCUACCAGGUGUCGCUGCAGCGCAAUGGUGCUCAUUUCUGCGGUGGCUCCAUCUAUUCGCACGACAUUGUGGUCACUGCUGCUCACUGCCUGCAGUCGAUUUCAGCCGAUCAGCUGAAGGUGCGUGUGGGCACCACCUAUUGGCGCUCUGGUGGCAGCGUACACUCCGUGCGUGGUUUCAGAAACCAUGAAGGCUACAACUCCAAGACCAUGAUCAACGAUGUGGCCGUCAUUCGCUUGUCCUCGUCCAUCAGCUAUCGCUCGAGCGUUCGUGCUAUUAGCCUGGCCGACAACAAUCCCCGUAAUGGCGCCGAGGCUAUUGUCUCUGGCUGGGGCACUACCUCGUCCGGUGGCUCCAUUCCCGACCAUCUAUUGGCCGUGAAGCUAAGGAUUGUUGAUCGCGAGGAGUGCGCCUCCAAGGAGUUCAGCUAUGGCAGCAAGAUCAAGGACACCAUGAUCUGCGCCUACGCCGAGCACAAGGAUGCCUGCCAGGGUGAUUCCGGUGGCCCAUUGGUCUCUGGCGAUCGUCUGGUUGGUGUUGUGUCUUGGGGCUAUGGCUGCGCUGAUGUCAAGUACCCCGGAGUCUAUGCUGAUGUCGCUUACUUCCACAGCUGGAUCGAGAAGACCGCCGACGAGCUGUAAGCUCACCUAAGCUUGAACUCUUCAGAAUUCAACAAUAAAUUACGCUACAUUCCAAGAA